UUGACGCUUAAGGAGAAGAUAGCCAUCGAAAGGGUGUGCAAGAGAUGGCACACAAUCAUCAGACAACAGGUGUCCAAACAGACGGGUUUGGGCACCACUUGGGCUCAAGAGGAGGACAGUCUGUGUCUGGACGCCAAUCGCGACCAUUGCGUGACCGGCGGUGACAUCAGACAAGCGGUUGUGAUGUCCAACGGAUGGCUCUAUGACUUCACGGACGACCAGACGAUCGCAAACCUCGAGAACAUAUCCAAGAGAUGUCCAAACAUUAAGUGUCUUCACAUGAGCCAUAGUGUCAUUGAUGUGAACUGUUUUCAAGUGUUGUUCCGUUUGUUUCCCGGUUUAGAGUGUCUUCACCUCAAGAGUAAUUAUGUGAAGGAAGUGCCAAAUCAGACGCCACUAGAAGUGUGGCAAUCGAUUGGCAAAGUGUUGGCGCCGGCCGUCAUCCACCUGUCCAUUGAUCCCCACUAU